CAGGUGCUAUUGAUUUUGAUUGGACGGAUUAGGGUCGAUUUGCCAUCAUAAAAGAAGAAGAAGAAGGGUCGAUUUGUCACACUAUUCUAUUUUAGAAACGUGAAUUCUAUGUGUCAAUGUCUAUCACAGACAGUUGUCAAUGUCAUAUGUUUUUUUGUAUGUUUGGCAAAUCAAUGUUGCCAAACCACAAAUCUCAAAACAAAAACUGUUUGUUUAACCAUUUGUGAUUUUUUGUGAUGAAAAGUGGAAUUUUUUAUCUAGGUACUAUAAAUCUCCUUCAAAAUGUUUCUUACCAAUGUAUUAAUGAAAAAAGCAAAAAGCAAACACGUGAUGGUUCUGAUGGAGAGUGUUGUUAGUGGUCACAAGUUCAAUGCUAUUAGGGAGAGGCUUGCAGAUAAAUUAGAAAUUUUAAAAUUUGAUCCAUACAGUGAGUACCUUGUUUUUUAAACAACUAAUACUUUCCUACACGACUUGGCAAGGUUACGUACUAUUUAAGGAUAUGUUUUCAGAAAUAUGCAAUUGUGACGUCCUUUCGAACAGUUUGUACAAUUUAAAGUUUUUUAACUCUUUUUUUUUUUGGUAUAUAUAGUAAAAAACGGUCAUUCACUCGCUGUUGCUGUUAUCAUAGUAGGUAUACUUCAAUUAAUCUGUCUAUGAUCAUUUCAAAGUGUCGAUUUAUCAUUAUCAUGGGUGUCCCAAAACCCAAAAUGUAACAUCUUAAUCUGAGUAUAAAAUAAUUUGUUACCUUAAUACAUUGCGUCCCAAGGAGAAAACACCAUUACCCUGUUGAGACGUGUAGUAAGGUGCACCACUCAACCUAUAGUAUUUAUUCAUAAAGAACCUAUCUCCCUUGCAGCCCAUAAAACCAGCCUAUUACACCACUAAACACCCACACCACUUAUGACUGCUUUUUAUUGUGAUUUUUUGUAGUCUUUCUCUGUGGUAAUUCUAGCUUGACAAGUACCCAUGAAACCAUAUUAAGUUUGGUCACAUAAAAAAGUAUUACAGGAUGUGUCAUCUUUAAAUCAUAGAAUGUUCGGGAGUAGUGUUUCAGAGAUAAUUAGGAAAAACUGCCUGAUUCUAAUUAUCAUGUAUGUAAUUACCAAGGUUUACCGUGUUUUAUAUUCUCUGCGGUGAUGUCUGUUCCAAUACAGUUAUGACUGUAAUACUCGAUUCAGGGGGUGCGAAGAAUCCCGAAGAGCGAAGAAGAGGGUAAGCGCCGGCUACCAUCAAAAACAACUGUACCUGGCAACUGUUACAGAAGGUUCAUAAAUCAUUUAUGGGUCAAG